UAUCACUUGUUUUCUUCCAUUUUCGUUGCCAGACAUCGCUUCUCUCACCCAGGUUCAGCCCUCCUGACUCCUGUUCUCUGCUGUAGAUUAUAACGAAGAUCAAGGCUUAGUUUUGAUCAAUUUAGUUCAUCAUUCAUUCCCAGAGAGAGAGAGAAUCAUGGAAGACAAGUAUGAAACCCUGAAAAUUCUUCAAGAAUCCCCAAAUUCGGGAGUUUUUGACUUAAUCUUAAACCGCCCAUCUGUCAGUAAUGCACUUUCAAACGAUUUCUUCAGUGAGUUCCCCAAAGCUCUCAGUGCGCUCGAUCAAAACCCUGCCGUCACCGCCAUCGUUCUAUCCGGAGCCGGCAAUCACUUUUGCGGAGGCAUUGACCUUACUACCCUCGCAUCUAUCUCCAAAGAUAACUCUGGAGAUCACGGCCGCGUUGGGGAGCGGUUGCGGAGACGUCUCAAGUUCAUGCAGGAUGCGAUCACCGCCAUGGAGCGGUGCCGAAAACCGGUGAUCGCGGCCAUACACGGUGCGUGUCUUGGCUUGGGGAUCAAUAUCGUGACAGCCUGUGACAUAAGGUAUUGUAGUAAGGAUGCAUUCUUUUCUGUCAAGGAAGUCGAUGUGGGCAUCGCCGCUGAUCUCGGUACCCUCCAGAGAUUACCUGGGAUAGUAGGGUUUGGGAACGCCAUGGAGUUAUCGUUGACGGCAAGGAGGUUCUCCGGUGAGGAGGCAAAGGAAUUGGGUCUGGUUUCUCGGGUUUUCGGGUCAAGGGAGGAGCUGAAGGAAGGUGUUCGCACCAUUGCAGAGGGAAUCGGCGGGAAGCCGCCGCUUGCAGUGGUGGGAACAAAAGCGGUGUUGAUAAGAAGCAGGGAUCUGAAUGUGGAACAAGGAUUAGAGUAUGUUGCAACUUGGAACUCUUCCAUGCUUCUGUCAGAUGAUCUAACACAGGCGAUUUCUGCUCAAAAACACAAAAGGAAACCUACUUAUGCGAAGCUUUGAAUUUGA